GGGUGAUACAAAAAGUUCUUUUAACGCAGAUGGGUGGUGAAACCUCGCUGUCGAAAAAGUUAAACUCUUUAUGUACGUAGUGUAGCUUCACUUCGUUCACAGAUUUUGAACCACUUUGAGGACUAGCACCAGGCUACAUGGAUAACUGAAGAAGUUUGUUGACAGUAGUAGCCUACGUGCCACGGGGGCUCAAGUGAUCUCGUUAACAGCUUGACUUUUACCCGAUGCUGUCCCCGGCAAGAUAAAAGCUCCCGUGAGUAACGUACAGUGAAGGCAGGCAAGAUCUCCAGAACACCGGAUUCGAGUGGAAAGAGUCCAGUUGUCAUGGUUAGGCUAUCUUAGCCAUGUUCUGGAAGGUGACUUUCAUCAGAAGAGACGGCUGCGGUUGUUGCUACAGUAACAGCGUUACAGAAUGAGCUCUUUGGAACACAGUGUUUCGCGCUCCUCAAAGAAGAUGGCACAGACAGGACAGUCAUCACACAGUGAUGACAGUGACUCAUCCCGGCCCAACAGCAGACAGGAUAGCUGGGAGGUUGUGGAAGGUUUGCGUGGAAUACUGGGUAACGCACAGGUACCGGAGCCCCAGGAGGGCUUCCUGUUGAAGAAACGGAAAUGGCCAAUGAAAGGCUGGCACAAGAGGUACUUUAUUUUGGAUAAGGGUAUCCUGAAAUAUGGAAAGACUGGAGCUGAUUUGCAAAAGGGAAAAUACAGGGGCUGUAUAGAUGUUGGACUGUCGGUAAUGUCAAUCAAGAAAAAGACUAUGUGUAUAGACCUUGACAACGAGGACAGCAUUUAUCAUUUGAAGGUGAAGUCUCGGGAUCAGUUUGAUGACUGGGUGUCCAAACUGCGGCACCAUCGCGUGUUUCGUCAGAAUGAGAUUGCCAUGGAUCCCAGUGAGAGACAUUUGCCGUGUGAACCUUGUGGCAGCAUGAGGACUUCCGUUCUUACCAAACAGGCCUCCGUUCAGGUAAUGUCAGGCUGGCUUCAGAGUAAUGAUGACCUUGACCGAUGUUGCCAAGAUCUCACUGAUUGUGAAUCAUGUCUGCUGGAGUUGAAUUUAUUGUUGAAGAACAUGGAGGUCCUGCAGCAUGCUUACUCGGCACCUGCCAUCAACACACUCCCGGGUGACGGCUCAAAGAAAGAGAAGCGAGGGCAUAGGAAGUGGCGCUCAAAGACCUCCACUAAAGACAGCAACAGCUCAUUACAAGUUCCCAGUCCCACCCGUCUUCAUGUUUCCAACCCAAACCUGUCAGCCAGUGAGCCUUGCUAUCCCGAGACCUUCCUGCAAACUCCUGACUCGCCCACCAAUGCUGCCCGACUACAGGAGGACUUCUGCAGGCUUGCCAGUACCAUCCAUUCCACACUCCUAUCAGCCUUCAAAACACUAUCUGAAGAAAAAAAACAAAUCAAACUGGUUCUGGAGCAGCAAAGCACUGAGGUCGAUGGGCGAAGUCCACCGACGCACCAGCGUUCUACUGAAAGUCGAGGAUCCCUCUCCGAUUCCCUGUCCGAGUUCUUUGAUGCGCGCGAGUACCUGCUCUCCUCCAGCUCCACUGACAAUGAGGUGUCAGACGAUGACUCGUUCCUAAGUGACGCCAGUGACAGUGUCUCCGUGGAUUACUACAACAGUGAGACCAGCAGCGAGCGAGACGUCUCCGCGAUGCCGUGUGUCAUGCGGCGGACGCACCUGCCCUGUCGCCAGUCGGACAGUGGCGUGAGCCUCUGGAACAUUCUGCGCAACAACAUCGGGAAGGACCUCAGCAAGGUGUCCAUGCCCGUCCAGCUGAACGAGCCCGUCAACACGCUGCAGCGUCUGUGCGAGGAGAUGGAGUACACGCAGCUACUGGACUCGGCCGCCCACACCAACGAUCCGCAUCUGCGCAUGGCUUAUGUAGCUGUUUUUGCCAUAUCAGCGUAUGCCUCCACAUUCCACCGUGCUGGAGGGAAACCCUUUAACCCUGUACUGGGAGAGACGUACGAGUGUGACCGACCCGAUAAGGGCUUCAAAUUCAUAUCAGAACAGGUUAGUCAUCAUCCUCCGGUUUCUGCAUGCCACUGUGAGUCCAAAAACUUCACUGUGUGGCAGGAUGUUCGCUGGAAGAAUAAAUUCUGGGGGAAGUCCAUGGAGAUCGUUCCCAUGGGAACCACUCAUGUGGUGUUGCCAGGGUUUGGCGAUCACUAUGAGUGGAAUAAGGUCACUUCCUGCAUCCAUAACAUCCUGAGUGGACAGCGCUGGAUUGAGCACUACGGAGAGAUGUCCAUUAAGAAUACUGUUACCAGCAACAACGCCAGCAGCUGCAAGGUCACCUUCAUCAAGGGCCGAGGUGGAACCGGCAACGUCAAUAACGUGGAAGGCGUGGUCAGCGACGCAGACGGACACGCCGUCCACUCCUUUUUCGGCAAGUGGAACGAGGCGGUGUACUUGGGAGACCCGUCUUCUGCCACGUGCAUUUGGAGAGCGAACCUGAUGCCUGAAGAGUAUGAGCAGUACUAUGGCUUAACUCAGUUUGCAGUUGAGCUCAAUGAGCUGGAUGAAAAAGAGAGGCCUCUGCUGCCUCCAACUGACACACGCUUCCGACCGGACCAGAGGCUCCUGGAGGAGGGCGAGGUGUCGGGUGCGGAGGAGCAGAAGGAGCGGAUAGAGGGACUACAGCGAGACAGGAGGAGGGUGUUGCAGGAGAACAACAUCAGCCACCAGCCCAAAUUCUUCAAGCGUUCUGAAGACGACCUCUGGGUCAGUAACGGGACCUACUGGGAGCAGAGGAAGGACCCGGGAUUCAAACAGCUGGACUUCCCAGUGCUCUGGUGACCAUGUGGACGCUUGGGCUCGAUCGAAGGGCUUCCUCUUUAUUAUGGUUAAAUAUGGCUACACUGUCCAGCCCUCUCUUAGCGGGCAUUUGGCUUCCAAAGAAAGCGAAACUUCUUCCAAAGUCUGGUGUGCUUGUGUGUGUGAGUGUGUGUGUGUGUGUGUGUGUGUGUGCAUGCGUGCGUGUUUUGUUUGUCUAUGUGUAUGUGACUCUGCACUGAAGUUACCAUUUUUCUACCUUCAUCCAAGAGAAUUAAGUGAUGGUGGUUACCCUGAGGUUAGUGUGUGAUCAGGGUUUACAUGCGAGCACUCAGUCUGCCUACAUGCCACCACACUUUGUGCCAAAGAAAUCAUUAGGCUACUACUGCAGACACUGUACACACACAAACUCUCUCUCUCUCUCUCUUGCUCUCUCCUGCUCUCUUACACACACACACACACACACACAUACAGAGUCAGCCCCACCUGCUGCCUUAUCUUUCUUUGUCUCAGAGUAAAGGGAAUAAGAUAAUAAUGAUGAUCAUCGAAAAAAAUAUUAUGGCAAUUGUACUCAUAAUCAUUGCAACAAUAAAUAUGUCUAAA